GGCGAUCAGCCGGACAUCCGGUGUCCGAUACCCCGUCGGCGCAACGAUUUGGACGAUCCCGAGAGAGGGAUGAUAUUCGUGUGUUCGGCGUCUCAUAAGACGAAGAAUAUGUUCUUCUUUCUGGUACAGACAGAACAGGGAGACGUCUUUAAGCUGACUCUGGAGGUGGACGAAGAUAUGGUGACUGAAAUCAAGUUGAAGUACUUCGACACCGUUCCCGUCGCCGCCAAUCUAUGCGUUCUCAAGACUGGCUUUCUGUUCGUGGGCUCUGAGUUCGGUAAUCACUAUCUCUACCAAAUCGCACAUUUAGGCGAUGACGACGACGAACCGGAGUUUAGCAGUUCGUCGCCAUUAGGAGAGGGCGAGACCUUCUUCUUCUCUCCCCGUCCUCUCAAGAAUUUGGUUUUAGUCGACGAAUUGGAAUCACUCUCUCCUAUAAUGCACUGUCAGAUUGCAGAUGUGGCCAAUGAGGACACGCCUCAGGUGUUAGUUGCCUGCGGAAGGGGUCCGCGUUCGACGCUUCGAGUUUUACGGCACGGCUUAGAAGUGUCAGAGAUGGCUGUGUCUGAACUUCCCGGUUGUCCUAACGCUGUCUGGACUGUCAAGAAGAAGGCCGACGAAGAGUUUGACUCUUAUAUUGUGGUCUCAUUUAUUAACGCAACACUUGUUUUAUCAAUCGGUGAAACGGUUGAGGAGAUCACAGACUCUGGCUUUUUGGGAACGACUCCGACGCUGUCGUGCGCACAGAUCGGUGACGACGCUCUCGUCCAGAUAUAUCCCGACGGUAUCCGUCAUAUUAGAGCCGAUAAACGAGUCAAUGAAUGGCGAACUCCGGGCAAAAAACAUAUCUCGAAGUGCGCUAUAAAUCAUCGACAAGUUGUGAUCGCUUUAACCGGCGGUGAAAUUGUUUACUUUGAAAUGGAUAUCAGCGGACAAUUGAAUGAAUAUACCGACAGAAAAGACAUGAAUUGUGACGUUAUUUGUAUGGGUUUGGGAGAAGUGCCGGCCGGCGAACAGAGAUCCAGGUUUUUAGCCGUCGGUCUAUCGGACAAUACGGUCCGAAUCAUAUCACUCGACCCAUCGGAAUGUUUGUCUCCGCUGUCAAUGCAAGCAUUGCCGGCAACGCCCGAGUCUUUAUGUAUUGUCGAAAUGGGAUCCAAGAAUGAGUCUAAAACUGACCGGAGAUUUAUCGGAUACUCGGACUCGAUAUCUCGGGACCCGUCCUAUCAAACUAUUUCGGGUUCAAANAUGGGCAGUCGCCUAUACGUUGGCGACAUUCAGGAGAGCUUUUAUUUUGUAAGAUAUAAGCGAUCGGAGAAUCAGUUGAUUGUGUUCGCCGACGACUCUGUGCCGCGUUGGGUGACAGCGAUGUGUGUCCUCGACUACGACACUCUGGUCGGCGCCGACAAGUUUGGCAAUAUUGUGGUGAUUCGGUUGCCUCAAGGCAUCAACGAUGAGGUGGACGACGACCCGACGGGUAUUAAGUCAUUGUGGGACAGGGGAUGGUUGGGCGGCGCCUCCCAGAAGACGGACAUAUUGUGUAACUUUCAUGUCGGAGAAAUCAUACUCUCGAUGCAAAGGGCGACUCUUAUUCCCGGCCUUUCCGAAGCGUUGGUCUAUACGACCAUUUCGGGUACAAUCGGUGUAUUGGUUCCGUUCACAUCACACGAAGACCACGACUUCUUCCAACACUUGGAAAUGCAUAUGCGGUCAGAGAAUGCGCCGCUCUGUGGACGCGACCACUUGUCCUUCCGGUCGUAUUACUAUCCCGUGAAGAAUGUAAUCGAUGGCGAUCUCUGCGAACAAUUCAAUUCCAUUGAACCAAACAAACAGCGAAGUAUCGCCGAAGACAUGGACCGCAUUCCAGCAGAAGUCUCGAAAAAGUUAGAAGACAUUAGAACUCAAUACGCGUUUUAAAUGGCUUUGAAUUUACAUUUAAUGUACAAAAAUAGAUGGGAUGACUUUCGGCGACCGGAUUGUAGUCAAUAUAGCGCUACGACAGGCGCUCAUCAACGUUGACGUGCCGUACAGUUGAACGAUUCGCACCUGUUUUGUCGUCCCGUAAAUGUCCACAACUAUAUUGAUCACCAAAUAUUCAUUUAAAUUAUUCCCAAUAUUCAUAUUGAAUCACAAAUUUUUAUAUAAAUCACAAGCCAUUAAUCAUUUGUAAAUAAAGUCAAAGCAUUGCUUACCGGCAAACA